UGCUUAGACUUUUUGAUUUUUUCUUUUCUUCUCUUUGCUUUUAUCUUUUGUCCUCCUGUCCCGUCGUAUCUUGUCUUUUUAAAUAAAUCUGGAUAACCUCAAUUGUUCCAAUAAAGAGUCUUCGGUCUAUCAUUGAAGGGUGGAACUUGAGAAGUUGCUUUACUUGCUCGUGCUCCCAUUUCAUAUACACAUCAUCUCACCCGCCAACAUCGAAGCGCCUUCUUGUGUUGGUUGGAAACCAGAAUUCAGAGGUGGAAAUAUCAAAACUCAGUCAACUCAUUCACAAUUUUACUACAAAUCAAUUGAAUACCUUUUCUCAACUGGCAACCACAUAUAAUCCAUCAAAAUGUUUGGUAUAUCAUAUUGGAUGAUACCUGUCUUUUCAGGAAUGGUAUGGCUUGCGAUGCUCUUGGCCAUGCUGUUGACCUGGGCAGUUGCAGAUGGCUCACCAAUAAUUACACCUAUGGAUAAUGGUCAAACUAUUGCAUAUAUCUCAGAUAUCGGAGCCCAUGAACUUCAACCACUCUUUAUUGCUAUGGGUACCGUAACCAUGGUUACUUUCAAUAUGGUCUUUAUUGCGGAGAGAUGGUUACGACACAAUGGUCGUUUACAUGGAAACACCUCUAUCUUCCAAAAAGUAUUAUCGGGCCUUGCUAUUGUCUUUUCCGUUGCAGGUGGAAUCGGUUUGAUCUGUCUUACAUGUCUCAAUGAUGUGGACCACCACACUGCACACGACAUUUGUCUAGCUAUUUUUAUCGGUGGUUACAUCCUUUCUGCCAUCUUCAUCUGCUGGGAAUACCAACGUCUCGGCAUCCACUACCGUGAACACAGCGUCCUACGCAUCUCCUUCUGGGUCAAACUUGCCUUCAUCUUUGUCGAAUUAGGUCUCGCCAUCGGAUUCGGUGUGUGCAACCGUAAAUCUUGGUGGAACACUGCUGCCAUCCUUGAAUGGAUCAUCGCAUUGAUUUACACAUUCUACGUUUGGAGUUUCGCAAUCGAUUUCAUCCCAGCCAUCAGAACAAAACAUUACCAGAGCAAAGAUACCGAAGCCGAGAUGGCAAUGGCGAUGGAUGUUGAGAGUAGACAGAGAGGGUAUCAUGGAGCUGCCGAUGAACAAAGAGCGUAUGGGAGUGCGGAAAGCAGUGGACACGGAAGAUACAAUCCUGAGCCUGUCGUUCCGGCGAGGAACUUCUAGAUUCGUUGUUUUGUGAAGGAACGAAUAUGCAUGAUGACUUGUUUAUACGAAAAUACUAGAGAUGUUAAGAUUUCGAACCAGACGAACGAAUGGAGGAAUGUAUCAUAGAAAAAUGGAUAGAUGCAUUUUAUACCCGGAGGAAGAUAUGGCAUCGGUUGGAGUGGUUGAUUUGGUAGCUGGCGCUUGGAGUUAUGAAGCAUUUAUGAUUGCAUGCAUGCAUAUAUGGAGAUUUGGAUUAGAGUGAGCAAGAUGCUUAAUGUCGAUAAUGUUAGAUGAGAUGUAAUUAUGAAUAAAAGUAUAUAUUUAUCCAAGAU